CUGCCGGGCUUAGAGCAGCGGCUGCUUCCUGCUGGACGCUUUGGCUCUGGCGCCCUCUGCUGGACUGAGGGCUUUGUAGCCUCCUUUGGGCCUGUGGGGGCCUCUGGGGACCUGUGGGGGCCUCUGGGGACCUGUGGGGGCCUCUGGGGCCCUGUGGGCCCUCUGUGGGCCUGUGGGGGACCUCUGGAGGCCUGUGGACCUGUGCGGACCUUCGGGGGCCUGUUGGCCUUUGGGGGGCCUAUGGGUGCUUUGGGUCCUUCUGGGGGCCUGGAGGGGCUUCUGGAGGCCUCUGGACCUGGCCCUGUGGGCCGAGUCCAGACCUGUCCAGCAUGCGGCCCCUCCGGUUUUGGGACCCCUUCCGUUAGGGCGGCCGUGGCGAUGAUGGUGGUGAUGGAGCUGAGUCUGACCGUCUCCCUGGUCAUCAGAGGGUCGGCCGGGUCAGUCUGCCACGCCGCGGUGGAGUCGCUGGACUUAAGUUGCCUCCUGCGGUGGGAUUGUUACCGUGCCAACGCCAGCUACAGCGUGCAGACCAAGACGCAGGGGGACCCCUGGCAGGACGUUCCGUGGUGCGUUCAGGUGUCGUCGGUCAGCUGCGACCUGUCGGCGGCCUUCUCCGACUUCCAGCUUUAUCACAUGAUCCGUCUGGGCGUGAACCUUAGCCCCGCCGCCACCGUCUGGACACGCCCCCUAAAGUUCGACUACACGGACUUAGCCUUCAGCCCCCCGGCGGUGUCCGUGUGGUGGGAGGGUGGCGGGCUGUGGGUGCGGGUGCAGUUCCCCUGCGCCGCCAGCAGGAGGUGCUCCGGGGGCUGCUGCCCAGUGUCCGCCCUCAUCGACCCCUGGACCACCGUCACCGUCUUCAACGGCCUGGACAACUCCGAAAACCAGAGCCGUACCGUCUGGACCCAGGAGGAGGAGUCCAGGGUUCAGUUCCUCGGGUUCUCGGUGGGUAGGAACUACUGCGCCGUGGCCAACUUCUCCUUCCCCACUUUCCUGAUGGCCGCCUCCCCGAAGUCGGCCCCAAAGUGCAUCCAAACCGAAGCAGCUCAGGGGGCCGGAGGCCUUUUCCGGUCGCUGUAUUUGGGCGUGGGGCUGAGCUCUCUUCUUCUUCUGCCUCUGCUCGCCGCCUUCCUGCGAUGGCCCGAACAAGCCCCGCCCCCAAACGCCCCGCCCCUAAACGCCCCGCCCCCAAACGCCCCGCCCCCAAACGCCCCGCCCACCAACGAGACACCAGCGAGGAAACCCAGAACCGGAAGCCCCGCCCCCUCGGGGGAAAGGACUGGUUCUGAUCUCCACCCAGACCCAGACCCAGACCCAGACCCAGACCCAGACCCAGACCCGGACCAGGACCCAGACCUGGACCCCCACCCAGACCCAGACCUGGACCAGGACCCCCACACAGACCCAGACCCAGACCUAGACCCAGACCCGGACCUGGACCCAGACCUGGACCUGGACCCAGACCCAGACCCAGACCUAGACCUGGACCUGGACCGAGACCUAGACCCAGACCCAGACCUGGUGGACCCCGGUGACGUCCACCUGGAGCUCCACGAUUUCUCACAGUCGUCCACAAAUAUAUCUACUUUUUAUUUUUAG